AUGAGUGAAUCAUGUAGUGAAGAAAGAUCGAGUAUAAAAUAUAGCAAUUAAGAUAUUUAAAAACAAAAGGACUUGCCAAUCAAAAACAAUAACUUGUAGGAUGAAAAAAAUACUUUCAGAAAAGAAGAAGCCAAAAACAUUUUUAUAAAUAAUUAACAAAAUGUGAUUAAUAAUGAUUAGGCCUACAAAUCUUAAAUUAAAAGCUAAGAAAAUUAAGACAGGACUAGAGAUCAAAUAUUAAUGUCUCCUCAUAGUCCUGUUAUGUUUUCUAUUGAUAAAGAUAUAUUAAAUCUGUCAUAUAGCUAGUAAAUUAACAAAGAUAGUUAGUUUUAGCUAUUCGAUAAGAGAGAUUAGAAAAAAGGGGAUAAUGAUCGCAUAAAAAAUGACACAUUAAACAAAAACAAUAUUUAAAGUUUAAAGCAUAAUCUUUAACUAAGUAAAUUAUAAAGUAAUAAUAAAACAUAAAGUGAGAAAUUUGAAAUAAGUUAAUAUGGAAUGUAUGAUAGUUCUAACUUAUAACAACAAUAAGCAAAGAAAUUUAUCAUUAAAAAAGGAAUUGAGUUUUUAGUUAUAAAAAAUGUUAAGAAGUUUAUGUCUAAUAUUAAAAAAAAAUCAAGAAGUCUUUUAUUUAAAGCCUUAUCCAAGCCUUAGUUUUCGCUGAUAAAUGAUGCAUCUUCAAGCUAUGACUACUAUUUCGAAAGUGGAUAUUUCAAUUUAAAUGACAGAACUAUAACCCAAAAAUUGUUUUACAGAAUUGGAGUUGAUAAAUUCAUUGAUAGAAUAUCUCAUAUUAAGUUGCUUUCUUACAUAAUAUAGCCAGAAUCUUUUUUUAAAUUAGCAUGGGACAUAUUCAUGGUUUUUUUUAACAUAGCUUUUAUAGCUUAUGUUCCUCUUUAUCACGUUUUUUUAGAGCUCUUUCCUGAACAUUUUAAUUAAUAUGCUCUUUGCAUAAAAAUUUGUUUAGUGAUUCUUCUACUUGAAAUAUUUGUUAAUCUUAAUUCUGGAAUUUUUAAAAAUGGAUUAGUCAUUAAAGACAGGGCUUAAAUACUCAAAAAGUAGUAUAAAAAUUUGAUCAAAGAUAUAUUGAUAUUUGUAUUUUUGAUGCUUUCUAUAAAUGACGAUUAAGAUAAUCCUCUUAUUUAUUUUAAUUACGUGGUUUUUUUAAAAAUCAGUGAUAUCGGUAGUAAAUUAGAAGAGUUGGAGUCAAAAUUUAGAUUAAAUGACACCAUGUCUAAUUUAUUCAAGUUAUUUAAGCUUUAAUUUUUUAUUUUUUUUAUAGCUCACAUUAUUUGCUGUAUUUUCUUGAAAAUUGGAUUAACGUAGUCAGGUCAGAGCUGGAUCAUAUAUUACAAUCUGCAGUACGCUAAUUUCUAAGAAUAGUAUUUAAAUAGUCUCUAUUUUUGUUUAAUAACCAUGACAACAAUAGGGUAUGGAGAUAUAACACCAAAGACAAUAACUGAAAAAUCUUUUAUUCUUGUUGUCAGUGUGAUAGCAUGUGCGAUAUUUGGCUACACUUUCUCAUAAAUAAGUGAAAUUGUUAAAGAUUUAGAGAAAAAGAAGAAAGACUUUAACAGAAAUAUGUAAAUAAUUAAUAGAGAAAUGAAUAAUAAAGGGAUUAGCAUUACACUCUAACACAAAGUGAGAAAAUAUUUUGAAUAUCAAAAAAAAGUGGAAGAGAGAAAAUCCUUUAUGCAAGCAGAUAUGAUUGAGAAUUUGCCAUAAAUUCUUAAAGAGGAGGUUUUACUUGAUGUAAACAAAUAGAUUCUGGGAAAGCAUUACAUUUUUUCUAAAUUAAGCCUAGAAUGUAUGCAAGAAAUAUCUUUAAUUUUUCAUCAAAAAAAGUAUUUUCCUGGAGAAGUUAUUUUUAAUGAAGGUGAUAGAGAAGAUAAUUUGUAUUUCAUAUGGAGUGGAGAAGUAAAUAUAACAAAGCAAUAUUAAAGUGAUAGUUCUACUAGCUAAGAAACAACUUUAAGAAUCUUAAAAAAAAAAGAUUUCUUUGGAUAAGUUGGUUUUUUUAUUGAUAACCCAAAUCCUUACACAGCAAAAGCUAAAACUUUUUUGAAUUUGUCAUAUAUCAAAAGAAUUGAUUUCUUCAACUGCCUUUAAAAGUAUCCAAAGGACUAUGAGAAGAUUUGCUACAUUAGAGAUAGUAUUUCUCUUUAUAAGCAAAUAUCAUUUUUGGAGACUAAAUGCUUUUCUUGUGGUGACUAUAAUCAUUACUUACAAUAAUGUCCUUCUGUUCAUUUGGUGGCUUCUGUUAAUUAGAGAGAGUUCAAAUAGUUUGUUGGUUCUUAAGAUAGUUUUCCUACUUCAAGAAAAUUAAAAAAAUAUAAUGCUUUAUAAUAACUUGAGAGAUUUUACAUGGAGAUAAUAGAAUUUUGGAAUUAGAAAGUAAACGAAGGAGGAGAAAGUGAGUCAAUUUUGGAUGAAAUUAAUGAAAUCUUGGAGAAUUAAAAGAAUAAAGGCUUUGAAAUAAAUACAAUAAAUUAAAUAUCAGAAUAUAGUGAUGAGAAUUCUUCUGAUAAACUGGAACAAAGUAAAUCAGCAAAAUAGAAAUAUACAAUAAAUACCUUUAGCUCCAAAGAUAAACGAAAAUAAAAUAGUUAGAAUAAUUACAAUAGCAGUAGCCAUUUUGGUAGUCAUAGAAACAUUAAUAAUUAAAAUAAUUUUUCAAAUUAGUUAAAUGUAAAAGAGGAAAACAUAGAUAUCACAUCAGAGCAAUCAAUUUAAAAUAUACAAGAACUCUAGUUAAAGAAGUAUGAAAAAUUAGACUCAGAAAAUAACAAUGAAUCUCAAAUUGAAGUUUUUUAGAGCAAUUAAAACAUAGGACUUUCUAAAACAAGUAGCAUUAAUGUGAAAAAACCUUGUAAAAGCGAUCUUUCAGUUUUACCUGAGGCUGAUGAUAAUAAUUGCUCAAUAUAACAAAUAAAUAAUUAAGAUUCAGUAUAAUAAAAGGAUGAUUAGUUUCUUCCCUCUGUUUCGUUUACUUAGAAUAUUAUUUUAGAAAUUCAAAACUAAAAUAAAUUAUUAAACAAAGAUGAGGAUUCGAAUAAUUCAAAAUUAGAAUAUUAAGAUCAAAACACUUAUAAUAAAAAAAGCCCUUUGAAAAUGUCAUAAAAUAACGAUCAAAACUAUUCUAACAGAUAAAUUUCUAAUUAAUUUGAGUAUCUUAAAGAAGAAGAUAUAGAUAAUUCAUAGACUUUUCCUUCUUAAUCAAUAAUUCAUAGAAAAAAUAUGGCUGUUAAUAAUUAUUUAGCAGAAAUAAGAGCUCAUAAAGCUUAAUUUAUGUAAGAUGAUUCUCCUUAUAGAAUAUCUCCUUUGUAUGAAGAAUCUUUUUCAAGCAACUAAAUAAAUUCGCCUUUAAGAAGGCAUGGACACUUAUUUAAAAAAAACUAAGUGAAAAAAUAACCAAGUAUUGAGCUAGAUAUUUUCUCGCCAGAAGCUAAAAUCAGAGAUGGACAAAGGAAAUUAACAAAACGUAAAAGUUUGUUAAGUAAGCAAGUAUUAAUAAUAGAUAAUAACUAAAAUGUGUAUUAAAACAACAAUUUAAAUUAUUAUCAAACUCAAGCAGAAGAAAUGUAAAGUUAAAGAAAAAUAACAAUCAACAAAGGAUCUUCAGUAGCAAAGUUAAAAGAAUCUUUAGUAAGGCAGAGCUAUGAAAUGCAAAUGCAAAAUGAAUAAAUAAUUUAAUUAAAUACUCAAAAUUUGAUAAGCUACAUUAAAUUUAUGUAAGACAACAAGCUUAUAAAUCCUAUUUUAGAAAAUAAAACUAGUAGCAUAGUAGAAUUAAGUAAGAAAAAAAAGACUACUUAUAUUCCUUACCUUGCAGCUAAUAGCGAUUAUGAAAUCAACUCUGCUAAUUAAAAAGAAGAAAAGAUGUAAUCAAGCAGAAAUAUAUAAAACAAUAGAAAAAAGCUGUCCAUCACAAGUAGUUUAAAAUAGAAAGCUGAAAAAGUUAACUUUGAAAAAGGUAAAACAGGAUUCUAUGGAGAUAAAAAUCAGUUUUUCCCUGUAAACGAAGAAAUAGUUAAAAGGAAUACUUGUGAAAUGGACAUUAAUUUACUUAUUUAUAGAAAAUAGCUAGUUUGGAACUCUGAAAUAUAAAGGCAGAUGAAUGGUAUAAUAGAAUUAGAUGAAGAAGACGACAUAGAUGCUCUAAAGAGCUAUGAAAUAUAUUUUCCAUAAGGCAAUAUAGAAAAUGUCCUAGUAAAGUACAAUAAUAAAUAAACAUAGUUACUUAAGAAAUAGAUUCCUUAAAAAAGCAACAAACUAAGGCAUGAUUCAAAAGCUAGCAUUUAUAAAAUUAGAGAAACUCGUUUAAGUAAAAUUAUAUUGCAGUAGCCUUCUUUUGCAGGAAGACAAAGCAUUUCAAAAAAAUUUUGA